AUGGAUGAUGAGGGUAACCCAGGUAUAAAUGAUGAUGGUAGCCCAAUAAUGGAGGAUGAGGGUAGCCCAGUUAUUGAUGUAGCCAAUGAAGAACCGGGGGCACAGUCACAGCCACAUCCACCUCCACCUCCAGCUUCUCAAGAACAAUUUCAGGCCUCGGUACCAUAUGUUGUUCAGACACAAUUUAUCCCGUCAUACCCAAUAGAUCAACAAUACUGGAGUACCCCACAGUGGGAUGCAGGAGAGGGUGCUUCUUUUAGCCAGUUGCUUGGGUUCAUGGCUGCGGAUGCAGGGCAGUCACAAUUUGGCCAUCAACCUGAAUUUAUGUCCGGUAGGUAUUCUUUGGACGCGAGGAUUCCAUGCCACACUGCCUCAGUUGCUUCUGGAGGUUUGGAAACUGGAGAUUCCAGUAGAAGUGACGGCGGUCGGGGGAUAUUUAAUAGCCGGAACCUACGGCGUGUAUCAAUGGGUCAGAUUGAAGAAAAUGCCGGGACAGGUGAGCAUGAAACGGAUGAGUAUCUCGUGGAUGAACCGGAUGAUGAGGAUCAAGACGAGAGCGACGAUGAGGAGAUGGAUGAGGAUGAAGAAUCCCGCAACAAUGCCCCUGAUGAUGGGGAUGAUGCAGGUGAGACAGGUAAACAUUACAAUCUCAGGGUGGACCCGCCACGUCGGAGCGCUAAUCGAUACACCCCGUCCAUGUUCAAGAAGGCCAAGAAGAAAUGCAAGAACAUCGUCGAGAACAUAAAGUGGGCAAUAAGAAAGUAG